GUCCGGACCCCUGCAGCCCUGCAGCUCGGCCUGGGGGCAGCCAUGGACUCGGAGGAGCUGAAGACAUUGAUUAAUUACUAUUGUCAAGAGAGAUAUUUCCAUCAUGUGUUACUUGUUGCCAGUGAAGGAAUUAAGAGGUAUGGCAGUGACCCAGUCUUCAGGUUUUAUCAUGCCUAUGGUACAUUAAUGGAAGGUAAGAUUCAAGAAGCUCUUCGAGAAUUUGAGGCUCUUAAAAAUAAACAAGAUGUGUCACUUUGUUCUCUAAUUGCACUGAUAUACGCCCAUAAAAUGAGUCCUAAUCCAGACAGAGAAGCUAUUCUGGAAUCAGAUGCCAGAGUGAAGGAGCAACGUAAAGGAGCUGGACAUAAAGCUUUAUACCAUGCAGGCCUAUUUUUAUGGCAUAUUGGUCGCCAUGAGAAAGCAAGAGAAUAUAUUGACAGAAUGAUCAGAAUAUCAAAUGGUAGUAAAGAGGGACAGGUUUUGAGAGCGUGGUUUGAUAUUACAAGAGGAAAAGAACCUUAUACUAAAAAGGCAUUAAAGUAUUUUGAAGAGGGAUUACAAGAUGGAAAUGAUAUUUUUGCUCUGCUGGGUAAGGCACAAUGCCUUGAGAUGCACCAAAAUUAUUCAGGUGCCCUGGAGACUGUGAACCAGAUAAUUGUGAACUUUCCAAGCUUCCUUCCCGCUUUGGUAAAGAAAAUGAAAUUACAGCUAGCCUUGCAGGACUGGGACCAGACCAUUGAGACGGCACAAAGGUUACUGCUCCAAGAUAAUCAAAAUGUGGAAGCACUAAGAAUGCUGGCUCUUUACUAUUUGUGUAGGGAGGGGGAUAUAGACAUGGCUAACACCAAGCUGGAAAGCUUAGGCAAUGCAUUGUAUGCCAUGGAACCACAAAAUGCUCAGCUUUUUUAUAAGAUGACAAUAGCCUUCAGCAGAACUUGUGGACGUAAUCAACUCAUUCUUCAAAAAAUGCAAGCAUUACUAGAAAGAGCUUUUAGUUUAACUCCUCAGCAAUCAGAAUUUGCUAUAGAACUUGGAUACCAGAUGAUUUUACAAGGAAAAGAUAAAGACGCAUUGAAGUGGUAUAAGACUGCCAUGACACUUGAUGAGACUAGUAUCUCUGCACUAGUUGGAUUUAUUCGUUGUCAAUUAAUAGAAGGGCAAUUACAAGAUGCAGAUCAGCAGCUAGAAUUCCUUCGUGAAAUUCAGCAGUCCAUUGGAAAAUCUGCGGAAUUAAUCUAUUUACAAGCAGUUCUUGCUAUGAAGAAAAAUAAACGACAAGAAGAAGUUAUUAAUUUGUUAAAUGAUGUCCUGGACACUCAUUUUUCAUGCUUAGAAGAUUUACCUCUUGGCAUACAGUAUUUUGAAAUGCUAAAUCCUGAUUUCUUGUUAGAAAUUAUAAUAGAAUACCUGAAUUUCUGUCCAAUGCAGCCUGCAAGUCCCGGGCAGCCUCUUUCUUCACUUCUCAGACGUUGUUCCUCAGUCUUGGAGAUUAUAGUGAGAACUGUACCAGGUCUUCUGCAAGCUGUUUUCCUAAUAGCAAAAGUCAAAUAUUUGUCAGGUGAUAUUGAAGCUGCUUAUAAUAACCUGCAACAUUGCCUAGAACACAGUCCCUCUUAUGCAGAUGCUCAUCUCCUAAUGGCUCAGGUUUAUUUGUCUCAAGAAAAAUUCAACUUGUGUUCACAGUCUCUUGAACUUUGUCUGAGCUAUAAUUUUAAGGUGAGAGAAUAUCCUUUGUAUCAUUUGAUAAAAGCUCAGUCGCAAAAGAAAAUGGGAGAAAUAGCAGAGGCAAUUAAAACUCUGCAUAUGGCAAUGAGCUUACCAGGAAUGAGGAGAAUUGGAUCUUCCUCAAAAUCAAAAUACAGAAAAACUGAAGUUGAUACAAGUCAUCGAUUAUCAGUCUUCCUUGAGUUGGUAGAGGUUCACCGCUUAAAUGGAGAACAGCAUGAGGCAGCAAAAGUUUUACAAGAUGCCAUCCAUGAAUUUUCUGGAACAUCUGAAGAAUUGCGUGUUACUAUUGCUAACGCAGACCUGGCUCUGGCCCAAGGAGAUGUUCAGCGGGCUUUAAGCAUGCUUCGAAAUGUUACUACCGAACAGCCUUAUUUUAUAGAGGCUAAAGAAAAAAUGGCAGAUAUUUAUCUGAAGCACAGAAAAGAGAAAAUAUUAUAUAUCACUUGUUACAGAGAAAUUGCUGAAAGAAUGCCCAACUCUCGGUCUUUUCUUCUUCUUGGUGAUGCAUACAUGAAUAUUCAAGAGCCUGAAGAAGCCAUAGUAGCAUAUGAGCAAGCAUUAAAUCAGAACCCAAAAGAUGGAACGUUGGCAAGCAAAAUUGGGAAAGCACUUGUGAAAACUCACAACUAUUCAAAAGCAAUCACUUAUUAUGAAGCUGCUCUAAAAAGUGGACAACAGAAUUAUCUUUGUUAUGACCUGGCUGAGCUCUUAUUAAAAUUGAAAUGGUAUGACAAAGCAGAAAAAGUUCUUCAACAUGUUCUAGCUCAUGAACCUGUAAAUGAACUGUCAGCUCUCAUGGAGGAUGGACGUUCUCAAGUUCUUCUAGCUAAAGUUUAUAGUAAAAUGGAAAGACCUGGUGAUGCGAUCACUUCAUUACAACAGGCUCGGGAAUUACAAGCUCGAGUACUAAAACGUGUUCAGAUAGAACAGCCAGAUGCAGUUCCCGCACAGAAACAUUUAGCAGCUGAAAUUUGUGCAGAGAUUGCAAAACAUUCUGUUGCUCAGCGAGACUAUGAAAAAGCAAUUAAGUUUUAUAGAGAGGCUCUGGUUCAUUGUGAAACAGAUAAUAAGAUAAUGUUGGAACUGGCACGAUUAUACCUGGCACAAGAUGACCCUGAUGCCUGCCUGCAGCACUGUGCACUACUUCUCCAGAGUGACCAGGAUAAUGAAGCUGCCACCAUGAUGAUGGCUGAUCUCAUGUUCAGAAAACAGGACUAUGAACAAGCGGUAUUUCAUUUACAACAGCUUUUAGAACGCAAACCAGAUAAUUAUAUGACAUUAUCACGUUUGAUUGAUCUCCUAAGAAGAUGUGGAAAACUUGAGGACGUUCCGAGAUUUUUCUUAAUGGCUGAGAAACGUAAUUCCAGAGCAAAAUUUGAGCCAGGAUUUCAAUACUGUAAAGGAUUAUAUCUCUGGUAUACUGGAGAACCAAAUGAUGCCCUUCGACAUUUUAAUAAGGCUCGGAAAGACAGUGACUGGGGCCAAAAUGCCCUUUAUAAUAUGAUAGAAAUCUGUUUGAAUCCAGAUAAUGAAACUAUUGGAGGUGAAGUAUUUGAAAACCUGGAUGGAGACCUGGGUAAUUCAACUGAGAAGCAAGAGUCUGUGCAAUUAGCAGUGAGAACAGCAGAAAAACUCCUUAAAGAACUAAAACCUCAGACUAUUCAGGGUCACAUACAGCUUCGCAUAAUGGAAAACUAUUGCCUAAUGGCUACCAAACAGAAAUCUACUGUUGAGCAAGCAUUGAAUACCUUCACUGAAAUAGCAACAUCUGAGAAGGAUCAUGUUCCAGCACUUUUGGGAAUGGCAACAGCGUAUAUGAUCUUGAAACAGACUCCAAGAGCCAGAAACCAGCUGAAGCGGAUUGCAAAAAUGAAUUGGAAUCCUAUAGAUGCUGAGGAGUUUGAGAAGAGUUGGCUGCUACUUGCCGAUAUUUAUAUUCAAUCUGCAAAAUAUGACAUUGCAGAGGAACUAUUAAAACGGUGCCUACGUCAUAAUAGAUCUUGCUGCAAAGCUUAUGAAUAUAUGGGAUAUAUUAUGGAAAAAGAGCAAGCAUAUACAGAUGCUGCCUUAAACUAUGAGAUGGCAUGGAAACAUGGCAAUCAGACAAAUCCAGCAAUAGGAUACAAAUUGGCGUUUAAUUAUUUAAAAGCAAAAAAAUAUGUGGAUGCAAUUGACAUAUGUCACCAGGUUCUUGAAGCACAUCCAUCUUAUCCAAAAAUCAGGAAGGAUAUACUUGAUAAGGCCCGCACAUGUUUAAGACCUUGAAAAUAAUAACUUUAACUUAGUUUUUUGGUUAAGGGGGAAAUGAAAGAAAUAUAACUUUUAGUUCUUCUAAUUCAGAAUAGGUUUGAGCUAAUGCUCUGUAAUAGAAGCAUACUUUUCUUUCUCCAGCAGAGGCUGCUGCUGUACAUAAAGAGAAGUACUAUGUCAUAUCAGUAUUUUCUAAUGUAGAAGAUGAGUGAGAACUGGUCUAUUUGACUCUCUUUUGAUUAGAUACAGAUUUGGUGGCUUUGUAGUAAACAUCAUAACUCAUUUCUGUAAAGAAUAUUUUAUUAAAAUCUAGGCAAUGAAAUAUCCUAUAUCUUUUCUAAGGAAUAUUAGUUGCUUAUUUCAGGAAAUGCAUUGAAAAUGCAUUGUUCUCUGUUAAAACUUUUUUGUUAUAUUCUAUGUUGUUUCAAAGGUUUGAGUAAAUCUCCUUGUAAAUUCUUUAUAAAAACGACAACAUAUAUUUUAAAUAUAUAUUUUAAUAAAGAUUUUAUAAAUAUAUGGUUUAUAUUCCUCUUGGAACUCAAAGGGCAUGGUAAGUUUUGCAAAAUCAGGGUAAGCUCCCCAAGCAGUCUGCAGUGUUAAUGGGUAGUACUACAGAAAAUGUGACUUUCUUAGAAAAAUUUUUUUUGGAAAAGAUAAAGUAUAAAUUUCUCUUCCCAUUGUUGAGCACAUUCUUUCUGCUCUUAAUGCCAAUGUGAUCUUAAGAAAUAAUCAGUAUCUGAAAGCAGUUUAAAUAGGUAAACCCUUAAAGCAAUACUUAACCUUAGCACAGAAGACUAGGAUUUUUAGUGUAAUUUCAGACACUGCAAUAUCUGGUACAGAAGGAUGACAGAAUACUUAAGGUCAUCAGGGACUCACAAGCACACCAUGUGAAAGCACUGCCUAGCCAACUUUGCCUAACCACACCCUGGCAUAGCAGUUCUCUGCCUUUUACAUUAGAUUUAACCUAAUCUUAAUAAACUUAAUCUUUAGCAUUGUU